GGAAAGGAGAGAGUUACAGAAGUUAUGUACUCCCGGUGUGUCCCUUUUGCGCAUUAGUUGAGGCACAGAGGAACUAGUAAACACUCCUGCAGGGACGCCUCGCCGGCAAAAGGGCCACGCCUCUCCCGUCCGCCCCUCGUGUGCCAGGAGCAUUAUAUGUGGCUGUGACCGCAGGAGGCUUUAGACCAGAGGAAGUCUAAACUUGCAGCGGCUGGGGGGCGCCCGUCGCUUGGAUCUGGGGGGGUGGAGGGUGGGGAACAAAGACGCAUCCACUGUGGCAGAAAGACUGGAUGCAUCGCACAUUGGAACAGCUGGGGGUCCGUGCUGGGCGGGACCCUUUUUCUAUCGGCAGCCUGGGCUGUAGCGGAGCCUGGAGUUCGUGCCAUUCUCGCCCAUGGCUCCCGGGGGGCAGGUGCUCUGCCAGUGCCGUCCAGCCUCCGCUGCCCCUGCCGCUGCCGCCCAGCCAUGGUGCUAACUUGGGGCAGUACAGCAAAGGCUACUUCUCCCCCGGGAAUCUGCCCCCACGGCCCCUGCACGGGAAGCUGGAGGCCAUCCAUGGCUGCGUCCAGGCUCUGCUGCGGGACCAGGGCCAGCCUCACAUCUGGGAGGAGCUGGGUGAGAUUUACGAGUCGGAGCAAGACUGCGAGGAAGCCAUUCGGUGCUAUCAAAACGCCGCCCGGUACCAGCGCGAUUACGGGAGCUACGGAGAGAUGCACGCCCGGAUCGGGCGGCUGCAGCAGGCUCAGCUGUGGAAUUUCCAUUCGGGGGGAUCAUCUCAUCACCGGCACAAAGUUUUGCCCCCCCUGCAGCAAGUCUGGAACCUUUUACAUCUGGAGAAGAGGAAUUUCUCUGCCAAGCGCAACCCCCAGCUCAAGAGGCCUGGCCCCCCCAUGGAGCCCCCCGUGGUCCAGCCCAUCCCUCCGGUCCAGCACCCAGUCCACCCGGGGCACAGCGAAGAGAUGCCCACUCCCAUGAAAAGACGGAGGAGCACCAGUCCCGACCAGAGUGGUGGCAACGGGGUGGGCCAGCACCUGUCCGGUCCCGGAGCCCCCGGCAACCCCCACUAUCAGCUGCCUAAACCUGGAUUAUGGAACCCCCUCCAUGGAGACUUAUGGGGCCAAGAACGCAAGAACGUGGCUGCCCCAGACAGACAAGAGCAGAGGAACCCAGUGGCACAUUCCUUCCCAUACCCGUCUCCCACCUACAGCUCCCACCCGCCCCCACACCGCCCACCGGCCAUGGCACCCAGCCCCCGCACACCGCCAGCACAUCGCACCCCCCUCGAGACCCACGGCUGCUCGGCCCGGCCCAAUGGAAGUGACCUUAGAGAUGGCCGAGUUCCCCGGGUGCGCCCAGAUGCCACCACCACACCAGCAACGUCCACCUGCGUGCCUUAUGCCCCGCGCCCGACCCCGGGAGGACCCACCUCCACCAGCAAGACCGCCUCACGGGGGCAGCAGCUGACCUCUGAAAGCCUUGGUUCUUCUAAUCAUUACCAAACGCCGGCGUUGGAGUCAUCUGGUUCCUCCCCGGAGAACAGCGGGCGCAAACCGCCCCCGCCGUCCCGGCCGGCCCCCUGCCUUGCUCCCCGCAACCUGCCCUGCACUCGCUUGCCACCCCCGCCCCCCAACAUCUCGGGGCCCCCGCCCGCCACGGUUCCACCACCCCCUUCAGCCCCACAAUGCCCGCCGCCCCCGCCCCCCCCUCCACCCCCUCCGUUGCCCUGGCUGAACAAAGCGGGUGAGGGGAAAGCUGGCGAGGACCCCCUCGGGGACAUCCUCUUUGGGUGCGGGGGAGAGCCCUGCGGGGCCGACCCACCCUCCUUGGCAGCUUGUGACUCGGGGCGCGGCUUCCCGGAUUCGGGCACCAGCAGUCAGAAAGGGACCUUCCCUCUCCCCCGAGAAGGGGCUGGGGAUACCCCCAGGCCAGCCAGCCCUGAGCCCCCGCCAGCCCCCCCAUUCUGGCUUCCCGAGAGUGGCCGGGAAGAGAAGGGCUCUGGGGGUGCCAGGCCCCUGAAUCCGAGCCCCUCAGUUACCUCAGGAACGUUCAGGUCCCCGGAGAGCCCCCCGCAGCUCCCUGCCCCACCCCCGCCGCCGUCCCGGGCCUCGUAUCCAAAGACGCCGGACCCGCCGGCGGUGCCCCCCACGGCGGAGGCCUCCUCCGAUCGCCUCUUUGGCUUUGCCAGCCCCCCGCUAGAGGACCAGUUCGAGGAGCCCCCCGAGUUCUCCAAGAUUUUGCCGGAUGGGCUGGCCAACAUCAUGAAAAUGCUGGACGAGUCCAUCCGGCGCGGGGAGGAGGAGCGGGAGGAGAGCUUCCCCCCGCCGCCGCCCCCCGCCCCUCUCCUGCCGAGCCCCCCGCCCCUGGCCAGGCCCAAGCUGCCCUCCGCCUCCACCGGUUCCUUUGACUACCCCAAGCCGCCCGGGCAGGAUCCCCCCGAGCCUCCCUGUCUCUAUCGCUUUGGCAAGCGGGACACAGAGGAGCAGCGGCCCCCGGCGAUGGCGGCGGCGGGGGCCGGCGGGGGGAAGUUCCCCCCCCACAGCACCCCGUCCCUCCUCAAGUCUCUGGCCAGCGUGCUGGAGGGGCAGAAACACUCCUAUCUGCUCAAGCCGCCGACUCCCCCAGGUGCUAAGGUCCCUCCUCCGGCCGGCGCGAGCCACGGCCCCCUGCCCCAGUUCACUACCUCAGGCCAAGCGUGGGCCGGGGGCCCGGGUGCCUCGGAGGAGCGAGCGGCCACCCCGCCGCCCCCGCCCGCCUCUCGGCCCGCCAAGACAGAGUCGGAGGUCCUCGAGGAGAUCAGCCGGGCCUGUGAGACCCUGGUGGGGCAAGCGGGGCGGGAGAAGAGCCCCCCGCCCCCCGCCAGCCCCCCGCCCGCCCCAGCCUCCCCUCCGCCCCCUCCUCUUCCGGCCCCCGUGCCUCCAGUGCCCCCGGCUCCGCACCCCAAGGACGAGUCCCGCAAGCGAGGCUGGGAGCACCGCUGUCACCGCCGGUCCAACAGGGACGGCUCACGGCGGCAUCGGGACAGCAAAGCUCGCAAGGGGAAGAACCGGCAGAUCCUGGGCAGCUUGGACGUGCAGAGCGCCGAGGGCCAGGCCCGGGAGAACGGGGCCAAGCCGCCCCCGCCCCCACCCCCGCCCCCUCCCGAGCGGCGGUCUCCCGUCAAGAAGGAGGAGGGCCCGGUCGGCUCGGUCUCCACCAUGGUGUGCUCGGCUGACCUGCUGAAGCUGCGCUCGUUCACGGAGGGGCCCCCCAAGGAGCUGAAGAUCCGGCUGAUCAAGGUGGAGAGCGGGGACAAGGACACCUUCAUCGCCUCCGAGGUCGAGGAGCGGCGCAUCCCCCUGAGCGAGCUCACCAUCAACCAUUCGGCCGCCGAGGUCGUGCGGGCCAGCAAGCAUGCCAAGGUGAAAGGAAAAUUUAAGGAAUCUUACUUGUCCCCCACCCACUCGGUCAAACCGCAGAUCAACAUGGACGAAAAACUUCCACGGGAUAAGCUCAGCCCCCCAACACCGAGCAUCUACUUGGAGAGCAAACGGGAUGCCUUUUCUCCUGUGCUGCUGCAAUUCUGCACCGACCCCAAGAACCCCAUCACGGUCAUCCGGGGGCUGGCCGGAUCCCUUCGCCUCAAUCUGGGGCUGUUCAGCACAAAGACUCUGGUGGAGGCGAGCGGGGAGCACGCCGUGGAAGUCCGCACGCAGGUUCAGCAGCCGUCCGACGAGAACUGGGACCUCUCGGGGACCAAGCAGGUUUGGCCCUGCGAAAGCAGCCGGUCACACACCACCAUCGCCAAGUACGCCCAGUACCAGGCCGCCUCGUUCCAGGAGUCUCUUCAGGAGGACAAAGAGACCGACGACGAGGAGGCCGAGGAGCCAGACAGCACCACGGAGCCGCCCCCCAGCAAUCCCGACCAGAAGCCCCAUCAGAUAAUCAAGUUUGGGACCAACAUCGACCUCUCAGAUGCCAAGCGAUGGAAACCACAGCUGCAGGAACUGCUGAAGCUACCAGCCUUCAUGCGAGUCACCUCAACGGGGAACAUGCUGAGUCACGUGGGCCACACCAUCCUGGGCAUGAAUACUGUGCAGCUGUACAUGAAGGUCCCUGGCAGCCGAACUCCAGGUCACCAGGAGAACAAUAACUUCUGCUCCGUGAAUAUCAACAUCGGGCCUGGGGACUGUGAGUGGUUUGCUGUCCACGAGCAUUACUGGCAGAGCAUCAGCGCCUUCUGUGACAGGCAUGGGGUAGAUUACCUCACUGGCUCCUGGUGGCCCAUCCUAGAGGACCUUUACCAAUCCAAUAUCCCCGUCUACCGCUUCAUCCAGCGCCCGGGAGACCUGGUGUGGAUCAACGCUGGGACGGUGCACUGGGUCCAGGCCACCGGGUGGUGUAACAACAUUGCGUGGAACGUCGGCCCCCUGACAGCUUACCAGUACCAGCUGGCGCUGGAACGGUACGAGUGGAACGAGGUGAAGAACGUGAAGUCCAUCGUGCCCAUGAUCCACGUCUCCUGGAACGUCGCUCGCACCGUCAAGAUCGGCGACUCUGACUUGUACAAAAUGAUCAAGUACUGCCUGAUGCAGUCCAUCAAGCACUGUCAGGUCCAGCGUGAGAGCCUCGUCCGGUCAGGGAAGAAGAUCGCUUACCAGGGGCGAGUAAAGGACGAGCCAGCCUACUACUGCAACGAAUGCGACGUGGAGGUGUUCAACAUCCUCUUUGUGACCAGCGAGAAUGGCAGCAAAAACACCUACCUGGUGCACUGCGAGGCUUGUGCCCGGAAGCGGAGCGCCUCCCUGCACGGGGUCGUGGUGCUUGAACAGUACAAGACCGAGGAGCUGAUCAACAUCUACGACAGCUUCGCCCUGGCUGCGUCGCCUAGUUCAAGAUGAGCCAUAUCAGGCCCGGGCGCAGAUGUCUGGGCUAACCUUUCUGUGCUAGUUUCUCCCACUCCCACUGUGAGUGUCGGGGCGGAAGCUGCCGUAGCCCCCUUCCCCCCCCAGAAAGAGCCGAGCGUCCGAUUCCCAUCCAUCGCUUCCUCGCACCCGUCCCGAGCUGGAGCAACAUGGAACUGGCGCGGCUCGCUUCCCUGGCGGACCCUUUUUAAUUUAUUUCUCAAAAUGAACCUCUUUUUUUUCCCCCCCACCUCCUGGUUGGUGCUGAUUUUUUUUUAAUUAAAAGAGAAAAAAAGAAGAAAAAAAAAUCCUGAAUUAAAAAGGGUGAAGAACAGUGAAGUUUGACCGGAAAGGGGAACUCCUUUCCUAGCGGGAUCGGGAACUCUGUCCCUGUGCGGGUCGAACCUCAGCGUGCCUGGCUUCCCCUUGGACAAGUGUCGCGGCCCGGAGGGAGGAGAGAGGACAGCGCGCAGCCCUUCACACAAGCAUUAAGUUCCUCUCGCGCACCCUCCCUGCACUGGGAGGGCAGAUUUGUGGAACAAGAGACAGCUGGUGGUUCCUCUGGGCUGCCUGGUGUGGUUUUUCGUUGAAUUACAUUUUCUUGUUGGAAAUUCUAAGAAAAAAAGUUUGGAAAACAAAAAACGCAAGCAAGCAAGCAAGCAAAAAAAAAAAAUUAAUACGGGUUUCUUAACGCAGGACUUCUAUGGGCUCAGUUCUCUCUGGGUGAACUUGCUGGGUGGGGGGGAGAGCGUACAUCGAUUUAUAUAUAUUGGCUGGGUGGGAACGGGGACAAUUUGCGUGUGAGCUUUUUAAUUAUUCUGACGGACAUUUGAUUUCUUACAUCCUUUUAUAUAUUAUAUAUAUAAAUAUAAGGAAAAAAAAAUCUGGUUUGUAUUAAAAACAAAAACACAAAACAGACAGAAAGUAUAUAUAUCCAAGUAGUCAAAAUGCUUGUGCAAAGCGCAGGAGAAAUAACUGCGUGGCACAUUUGGAUAGUGAGAAUACAGCCCUGUGCAGAGGGUGUUGGUGCUUGCCCCGAAUCAGAUACACGGGUAGAUGGGAGGAAUUUUUUGCAAAAUGGGGGGGGGGGGGCAUUCUCAUUGCUGUCCUGGCUCUUCUGCAAUUGUUAGGUGUGACUAACAAUUCUUCCUCCUAACCUCAUUCUCCCUAAGGAUUCAAUGCCCUUAACUGUCCCAAAUACUCCAUCUUUAGCUAAUGUGAUUAUUUAAAGCGGAUCGUGUUUUCCUUGCUGAAUUUGCUGGCCUGCCUUCUUUUAGUUUUAAAAGCUACCCAGUUCUCACUCCCAGUCCAUCUAAAAAGCAAGAAUGUCUCAGAUUUCGGGUAAUUUUUUUUCCUCCUCUUGUUUUUAAUUUUUACCUCCACGUGUCAGAAUUGUUUUACAAUUUAUAAAUGUCCUCUCUUUUUUAAUUUAUAUGUCUUUUUUUGGUAAUGAUUUCUCUAUUUAUUGGUCCUUUAUGGGGGUUUGAUCCAGCUUUUUUUUUUUUUUAAGAAAGAAUCUUUUUAAAAUGUUGUAUCUGUUUUGUUUUUUUAAGACGUGUCUCUCUUUUUUGAUGUUCCUUUUUAGCUUCUCUCUGGAAUUGUUAUUGAAUUUCUAAAUGCUUUAUUUUUGUCAACAGUUUCCUGGACCUAAUGCUCAGUUUUCUCACGAGGUUAGGUGGGGCGGGGGACGUGGGGGGUGGGGGAGGGAAAAUAAAGGUUGAUUCUCAUUCAUUUGUUGAUUUCCUUAUUAACACAAUCUCAUCCUACUCUACACUGUAAAAAUAUCUUCCUUCCGAAACCUGCACUUUUAAAAGCCCAGAUUCCCUCUCCCGGAACACACUGUAAUUAAACAGAUGAAGAUCGAGUUACUUUGGAAAAAAACCACACACACCACACACACCAAUGGAUUCUUAAUGUACUGUAGGGGACAAGGAGAAAGCAAAUCUUAUUUUGUAAAUGUAAAAAAAAAAAAUUAAAUUAACUCACAGAGAUAAAAUAAACCAACCUGUUUCUCU